AACUCUGUCUGAGUGCCAGCUGGCAAAGAGAGGUUCAACUUCAAAUAUUCAGAAUUAAUUUAUACAUUUAAACCCAGUUGACAUUUAGUUUACAUUCGUCUACGGAACAUAGUGGGACAUGACGAGUCCUAAACUGUUAGUGGUAGCCUGUAGGAAAAGUGUGACAAAAAGUUUUUCUACAAGUUCUGCGUCUUUGGGACGACAUUACAAACUGCUUAUUGUUGGUUCCGGUAGUGGUGGAUGUGCGACUGCAAGUAAAUUUUCAAAGAAACUUGGUGCUGGACAAGUUGGAAUUAUUGAACCAAAAGAUGACCAUUAUUACCAACCUUGGUUUACACUUGUUGGAGGAGGUAUCAAGAAUGUUGAAGAUUCUGGGAAGAAAAUGUCAAAGGUCAUACCUAAAAAAGCUGAUUGGUUGAAAACUACAGCUGAGGCAUUUGACCCUAAGAAUUGUACAGUUACCACAGCAACUGGUGAAGAGGUAAAGUAUGACUUUCUUGUCAUGGCCUGUGGACUUCAGCUUAACUAUAAUUUGAUCAAAGGUUUACCAGAAGGAUUUGACAAAGAUCCAAUGAUCUGUUCGAAUUAUGACUAUCAAUAUGUGCAGAAAACAUGGCCAGCCAUUCAAAAGUUCAAGGGAGGUAAUGCUAUAUUUACACUGCCAAAUACACCAGUUAAAUGUGCAGGAGCUCCACAGAAAAUUAUGUAUUUAGCUGAAGAGGCCUGGCAAAAGAGUGGUGUGAGAGACAAGGCCACUGUGAUGUAUAAUACAUCAUUAUCUGUACUGUUUGGUGUGAAGAAGUAUGCUGCUGGCCUACAUAAAGUGGUGGACAGUAGGGAUAUCAAAAUCAAUUAUCAAAGAAAUUUGAUAGAGGUCAAUACAGAUAAAAGAGAGGCUAUUUUUCAGAAAUUAGACAGUCCAUCAGGAGAAACUGAAACCUUUAAGUAUGAUUUCAUGCACAUUACACCACCCAUGUCUACACCAGAUCCAGUAAGAAAAAGUUGUUUGGUAGAUGAAGCUGGUUAUGUUGAUGUUGAUCAAGGCACACUACAACAUAAAAAAUAUCCAAACAUCUUUGCCAUCGGAGAUUGUUUUAAUGCUCCCACAUCCAAGACAGCAGCUGCGGCAGCCUCGCAGAGUGGAUACCUGGAGAAAAACCUGACAGCUGUAAUGAAUGGGAAACCUGCUUAUGUUAUGUAUGAUGGCUACACGUCCUGUCCGUUGAUAACUGGACGUGAAAAGUGCAUAAUGGCUGAGUUUAAUUAUGAUAGUUUGCCAUUGGAGACCUUUCCAAUCGACCAAGGAAAGGAGAGAAGAUCAAUGUACCAUGUGAAGAAAGAUAUUAUACCAAUGAUCUACUGGAACAUGAUGUUAAAGGGAUAUUGGAACGGUCCUGCUGCCUACAGAAAAUUGAUGCAUUUUGGAACAGAUGGUCCAGAAAAAGAAAAAGACUCAUAUUAAACAGAAAAGUCCACUUGAAAAGUCUUUAAGAACAGUAUUUUUAGGGAAGAUAAUUUGUGAUAAUGAUGAUUAUAAAAUGAAUCUCAGUUUACAUUACCUAUAUUCUAUAAGUUUAUUUCAAAAUUAACAUAUUUACAGUAUACUUGGUGAAUUGGUACCUAAUAAUUUGCAAAUGGUUUGCAUAUCUACAAAUACUUGAAUGUGAUUGGUCAUUAGAAUUUUUGUCCUUGAUUUACACUUUAAUAGUCGGUGCCGAAACUACUUUCUUAACCAAUGUAAACACUAUGUUGAUUUCACUGUUAUGUAUUCUUAUAUGAUACACAUGAAUGGAAUCCUGGAGUUUCCAAAAAAGUUGAAAAUAAAAAAAAAAUAAUACAUGUUUGAUUUGAGAAUUAUAAUACAGGAUUUAACAAACUUUUUAUUGAUGUGUUAACUGGACCCCUGUCUCACAAAUUUACAUAAAAGUCCUUCAGAUUAUAAUUAGGUUUGUGAGUUAUGUUGCUCAGUUUGCACUUUGAUAACUCGUGGUUAAGUAUGUUUAAUCCUUCAAAAGAGAUCUGAUACAUUCCUAUAUAUUGAUACUGUCCCGUUUUUUUUCAAAUAAUUUUUUAUUAGAUUGAAAAACAUGUUUUGGUUUCUUUUGAAAUGAAUGCUGCCAUUUUUUUUUAAAUUCUACAUAUUGAUUUUAAGACAUAUUUAUCAUAAUAACCACCACUCAUAAAACGUUAAUUGAAGUUCCUGCUGACUUGUUUCCAAUGUUUGCUGAGUGAGGGGUGGAAUGACCUUUUUCGGGAGACAGUUAAUUAGCAGGAAUUCGGGAAUGGCUA